AUCAAAAUUGGUUUACAGUAGUGAUAGUGAAUCUCAAUUAAUUUCUCAGUUAUUGUCACAAUCUAUUAAUUUGAUAUAUAUUUUUAUAUCAAUAACAUCACUAUAUCUUAUUUUUAUAAAUUAAAAAAUAUAUGCAUUGUAUGAUAUUUUACUAUUAAAUUGUGAUUAUUUUAUUGAUGUAGUGAUUUUAAUUUAUUUUAUAAAAAUUAUUUAUCUUUUAAUUAUCACAAAAAAUAUUCAUCAAAAAUGAAGACAGAAUUUCCGUUAUUACCGAAGAUAGUCAACGGAGGCAUUGCGGGUAUUAUAGGAGUGACAUGUGUAUUCCCGAUAGACUUAGUCAAAACACGUCUACAAAAUCAACAGAUUGGUCCAAAUGGACAACUCAUGUAUCGAUCAAUGAUUGACUGUUUUUCAAAGACAUUUCGUAGAGAAGGUCUGAUAGGGAUGUAUAGGGGAUCGGCGGUCAAUAUAUUACUUAUAACACCCGAAAAGGCCAUCAAACUGGCGGCCAAUGAUUUUUUUCGCCAUAAGCUCACUGAUGAUAACGGAAAGUUGUCCCUUCCUCGAGAAAUGUUGUCGGGAGGAUCGGCCGGUUUAUGUCAAAUAAUUGUGACCACACCUAUGGAACUGUUGAAAAUUCAAUUACAAGACGCCGGAAGAGUUUCUACUAAAGGUGUUAUUGAAGGAGGAGAAGCAAUAAUGGCUACUUCUGCGACAGCCAUUGCACUUAAACUAAUCAAAACUCGAGGAAUCUUUGGUCUCUAUAGAGGAACGGCUGCAACAAUGCUGAGAGAUGUGUCAUUUUCAGUCAUUUACUUCCCAUUGUUUGCUAAUCUUAACAAAUUAGGACCAAAACGAAAGGAUGGUUCAGGAGAAUCAGUUUUUUGGGCCUCAUUUCUUGCCGGUUGUUGUGCCGGUUCAGUGGCCGCCGUAUCCGUUAAUCCCUUUGAUGUUAUCAAAACUCGUCUUCAAGUGUUAAAUAAAGCUAAAGGAGAGCAAACAUAUAACGGAAUUAUUGACGCUUUCAUUAAGAUUUCCAAACAAGAAGGAUAUAAAACAUUUUUAAAGGGAGCCGUCUGUCGUGUUAUGGUUAUCGCACCACUCUUUGGUAUUGCUCAAACAGUCUACUAUCUGGGAGUCGCGGAAUUUUUGCUGGGAAUCAAACAAACGGCACAUUAAUUGAAUUAAUUUAUUCUUAUCUGAUUUAUAGUUAUAUUUUUGAUGAAUAUUUUUAUUUUUAAUUUAUAUAUCGAAAGAUCUUAUUUUUAAAGUUAUUAUUUACAAGAAACUCAGUAUUACUACAAUUAUUUAAUGAUAUAUUAGUGAUUUUAUUAUUUUUGGGGCCAUUUAUUUAUCAUAAAAUCUUAUUAUAAAAUUAAAUUAAAUAAUGACAAUCAUGUAAGACAAUCAUUGCAACAAACAUUACCAAAACUAAUAUAUAUUGAUAUAUCUAUGUGUUGUUUAUAACAAAUUUUAUUCAGACCUAAAAAAUAAAUAAUAAUAUUGUUAAAUAUACUUUAAAUUCAAAAUAAGAGUAAAAUAAAAU